AUGGAGAACCGAACAAUCAUCUCUGAAUUCAUUCUCCUGGGAUUCCCCGCUGUAUUAGAGAUUCAGCUUUUUCUUUUUGUGGUCUUCUUCCUCAUUUACAUACUGACAAUCUUAGAGAAUCUCAUCAUUAUCUCAGUAGUAAAAGGUAACCGGAAACUUCACAAGCCAAUGUACUUCUUCUUGGGAAACUUGUCUUUUUUGGAAAUCUGGUACAUCAGUGUCACCCUUCCGAAACUGCUGACAGACUUCUGGUCCCAGAACAAAAUAAUCUCCUUCCAGAACUGCAUGUCACAACUUUACUUCUUCAUCUCCCUGAUGUGUACUGAAUGUGUUCUCCUGGCUGUCAUGGCAUAUGACCGCUAUGUUGCCAUAUGCAAUCCACUUCGUUAUCCGGUCAUUAUGACCCACAGGCUGUGCUUCCAGCUAGGUUUGCUGUCCUGGGUGUGUGGCUUUUCUAUCUCUUUAGUCAAGGUCAUCUUUAUAUCUAGACUUAGUUUCUGUGGCCCCGGAGUCAUCAAUCACUUUUUUUGUGACAUCUCUCCCGUACUUAACCUCUCCUGCACUGAUAUGUCAGUGGCUGAGCUAGUGGAUUUCAUUUUGGCAUUGGUCAUCCUCUUGAUUCCACUCUCCAUCACAGUCAUGUCCUACCUGUUCAUAAUUAUUUCCAUUUGUCAUAUUCCCACAACUCAAGGAAAGAGGAAAGCUUUCUCAACCUGUGCCUCUCAUCUUACUGUGGUCAUUAUCUUCUUCUCAACAACAGUCUUCAUGUAUGCUCGGCCCAGAAAAAUACACCCCUUUAACCUGAACAAAAUAGUGUCCAUAUUCUAUGCUGUAAUCACUCCAGCCCUCAAUCCUCUUAUCUAUUGCUUGAGAAAUAAAGAAGUGAAGGAAGCAAUAAGAAUAAAUUUAGGACAAGGAAGGGAAGCUAGCAACAGAGAAUUUUCAUUAAAAUCGUAA